AUGGCAGCCAUAAAUGAGGAAAUUCCUGACGCCGUCGACAUUAUCGACAUCCCUAGAUCUCAGCGGCGCAUGCUGUACAAAGUGCCAGUCCAACUGCGACGCGACAAGACGCACAUUUAUGAGCCAGCAGUUGUUUCGCUCGGCCCAUACCACCACCGCCGGGAUUCACAGCUGAUGCUGGUGGAGCCAUUCAAGGACGAGCUACGAGAUAUUGUUUGUGGAGGCGCUGACCGAAAACGAUCCCGUCUAAGCAACAUCUAUGAGCGGAUAGAUGAAAUUCGUCAUUUCUACGGCGGAGCAGAUGGCUACACUGAUGAGGAAUUGACUGACAUGAUGCUUCGCGACGCUUGCUUCCUCAUAUGCUUUAUGCGCAGAUUAGCUGUGAGUGGGGCAGGAACUUACUACCGGAUGCGUGAACGUAUGGGAGUCUCUGCUAUGUUGUUCGUGUCAUGUGACAUAUUUAUGCUGGAGAAUCAGAUUCCAUUAUGGAUCAUCUCCCUAAUACACCAUCAACACCAAUUAUUGUUGUGCCAGUACUUGAGCUACGCUAUUUAUGGGGAUUACAGUAUGACACAACUCCCAUGGACCGAAGGAGAAGAAGAGCCUCUUCACCUACUCGAAGCUUUACGCCGCACCUCCCUUCGCCUCGUUGAGACCCAACAAAAUUCAAGUUUCUUUUGGCGGCUUAUCAACAAAUAUAAUCAACCAAGGGAAUCAUCGAAGAAACUCACACCAAGUUUAUGGCAAGUGGUGGACAGUCCUUUUCGGUCGGUGACAGAUCUGAUAGCAAAGGGUAUUCAUCUCCGGGGGAGUUCACAUUGUUUGACGGACAUCUGCUUCUUCUCCUUCGGCUUGUUCGCUCAACUCCACCUUCCUGUUCUCUUCGUCGGUGAUGAUGACAUAGUGACCUUCUCCAAUCUUAUUGCCCUGGAGAUGUCGCCGGGAACAUACACAGACUUUGGCGUGACAUCUUACAUUAAUUUCAUGAAAACAUUGAUCAUCAAUGCUAAAGAUGUAAAGGUACUGCGGGAGAAAGGCAUACUGAUCAGCGUGUUGGCAAGCGAUGAAGAGGUGCUUGAUAUAUUUAAAAGCAUCGAUACCUAUGGACACUCAAACUUUGGUCUUUUUUGUGAGGUGAAGAUGAGGAUUAAUGAGCACUGCAAUAGCAAAGCCAGGACAUGGAUGGCCGACCUCAUCAAUACCAAUUUUCGGAGCCCAUGGGCUGUUAUAACUCUUGCCGCCGCCACUUUUCUGCUUUGCCUCACUUUUCUGCAAACUUACUUCACAAUCAAUCCACGCAGCUAA